CGCGACGUCGGACGAAGACGGCUCGAGAUCGAGUAUUCAGCGUUGCGUUUUAUCCGCGCUCCUCUCUUUUCUUUCUUGCCUCUCUUCGAGAAAAAUUUCAUGAAAGAGGAACGCAAUCCUCUCUUUCCGUCUCUUUCUUUCCGUUACGGAAACGCGCUUCCCUUCCUUUCCGCCUGCGGGGAUUCUCACACACACGCCCUAUUGCCCCCGACCCGCGAGCGGGGGAGUCAUUGUGUCUCCCCCUCGCGAGAGUCAUCGAUGACUCUCGCUCGUUUCCGCCGCCGCGCCGCGCGGAUAACGACUAACGACGGCGAGUAAACGGAGCGGCGCGAAAACGAAGCGGAGCUAGGUCGGCCGCCGCGUGGCGACGAGUGUAAAUAAGCGAGGAGACGCGACGAUUGUCCCCGCGCGGCUCGAGUAACUCUCUCUUUGACGUUCGCCCUUCCCAAAGAUCCCCCCUCAGAAGGGAGAGUAAUUCCGCUUGAAUUCCGACGUCCCCUCGCGUUUCCGUUUCGCUCUCGGCCGUCCCGGUCCCCUUUUGCGAGAUCGGCCCUCGCGCGCGAUUCGGUCGGUUAUUCCCUGGAUACGACGUAACGGGUGUUCGCUCUCCUCUCCUUCCCUCCUCUCUAUCUCCUCGCCGCUCGAGUCGAGAGAUCCGAGCCACCGAGCAGCGGAACGACGACGAGAGCGGGACUCGCGCGAGCGAGCAGCCAGCGGAUCGCGGAUCCCCUUGUCGCAGCGAAGGUCGCCACGAGCAGACACGUGGCACGCGCUACGUAUCCAUUUGGUCGUGUAUUGAUUCGCCACGCGCGUCCUCUAAGCGUACACACAGAGCGUAUACAUACCAGCCAUGUUGGAUACCGAGCCGAUGACAAAUCCGAUCCGCCUCUCCGGACUCAUCUCGCAGAUAUUGUCUUAUGGCACCGUGCUGAUUCGUGUGCUCAAAUAGCAGUGGACUUACGAGCGAGAGAAGAGUAUAAAACACGGAGAGAGCCCUGUAGAGCCAAUAAGCAGCUGCAGGGACGAGCAUGGCUUUGUGCCAACGGUUGGCCGCUGGGGCAGCGAAUGGCCGAGUUGACUCGAGACGGCAGAAAUAUGGUGCCAGCCACAGGGGCAGGCACGCGGGCCCUGGAUCAGGGGUGUUCCGCUACCCCUGCCGGUCUGGGCCCAUUACGAGUCACCAGCCCUGACCGUCUCCACGGUCGAACAGUAUGAGGAAUUAGCAGGCAGCGUUGAACUUGAAACGCAACGCUUAUUGCGUGAGCAUCGCUAUGACACUAUUGGUAAUUUCCUCAGGUUCUACAAGGACUACACUGCAAGUGGAGAAAGUGCGCUGGAUCGAUUCUACCGGAAAUAUCAGCCACUGAUAACACACAAACACCAUACUUGCGUCGGUCUUGGAUUUGAAUUAUUGCAUCGAUUAACAGGAUUGAAUAAGCGAUUCCCAGGAAUAGCAAGUGGCCUCUACUUAGUAUCUUGUGAAGAGACAAUUGGUGACAUCGCCGGCUAUGUUGGCGGUCCACCAGCGGCGGAUAGCGGCGAGAAGGAGCAUGUACUAGUGUGCCUGAAAAUCGAGAUUGGCGGACGUCGCGGCGUCAUGCUGCUCGAUCCCGGUUACCACGUAGCGCGCGUUAUCACUGUGAUGGCCGAUAAGUUAUACCCUCACACGGGCUGGUUCACGCAAUCCGACGAGCCAACCUGUAAGAAAGAGUACAACUACUGUCUGUGUGCCGACGAUCCCGAUUAUGUUGAAUGGCAUGAGAGAAAAACUCGUCCUGGUGCCUUGGAGAGGACGCAAGUCGCCCUCAUUUAUGUGGCAAGGCCAUAUUUAACUGCCAUUGACGUUACAGAACGUAGAAACUUGGUUUAUAAUCAGAGAAGUCUCCUUGCCAGAGAUACUAAGGGUCACGUCACCGCCGGCAUAUAUUUCCCCGUUGUAGUAGAUAAGAACAAUACGCAUACCUUCACAAUUUUCUAUCAGACUGGUAACGGGAAGAAGCGAGUCAAGAUGGCAUUCAAUAAGUUCUAUGGUUCGCGUAAGAUAAGUCCUGAUACCGAGGAAAUGGAGAUGAUAGCGGAAUGUGCUCGACAACUCAAUGUUUCGCAAGAGAUCCUGGAAAAUAUCCUCUCCACUUUAGCCACUGUCAUGAGUGACUCUUCAUUUGUGACACAGCUGUUGGCCAUCAACACAAGAAUCAACACCUUAGCGGAGGAUAAUUAACAAACAGAAGUCACUCCAACCAAUGGAGCGUCAACACAAUACCACGUUUUGUUACUUCUUUUGCCCGCUUUCCUCUUACGUUCUUUUUCUUUCAUUAUCUCUCGUAGCUUGUUUUUUCUUUUAUUUAUUAUAAUUACGCUUUUUUAUAAUAUUCGUAUAUUUGCAGAUAUACAAGAUGAAUCUUGCAAUUUUGCAAACUCUUCGCUUUUCGAUCAUCUUAAAACUUUUGUACAUAGAAUGAUGAGAUAAAUUGAAAUCAUUGUAAACUGCAGAAGUACAUUAAUAUUUCUGCAUAAAAAUAUGUCGUUAAUAUUCUUUGUAUAAAAGUACUAAUCAUUGAUCUUAAAGAUGAGUUAUUAAAAAUGCAUGAUUCAGCUCUUAUGAGAAAGCGUUCUUUUAAUAAGAUUCGUAAGAUGUUUUUGACGACUCUAUUAUUUUGCGUAUGCAAUUCAAUGAAAACAUUAACAGAUGCGAUCGAAUAGCAUAAUCUAAAGUACAUACGAUUUUGUUUGAUUUUAUAUAUUCGCUUUUUAUCUAGAAUGCGCAAGACGAAGCCUUAAUCAUUUCAUUCUUAUAACUAAAAAGUUUUUAAAUAUUAUUUUGCUUUAUACUUUAGUCUUGGAUAUGUAGGUUUUUGGGUUUUAUGGUGAUAUAAUAGAUCGGUGUGGUAAUAUUUUCAUUGAACAAUAUUGGUACUAAUGCAGUUAAUAGAUUACUAUUUACGUGUAGAAAAGACUGCACUAAAAUUAUUGGUACAAGGGAUGUUUUUAUUAUGUCACGUGCGCGCACUCGCGCUACACGUUGUUUCUUUCUUAGACUAAUACGUAUAUCUUUCAAUUGUAAACACUAAAUUUGAUUUUGUUUGAAUAAAUUUUUUGACGCAUAA